AUGCCGAAGAAACAAAAACCCCGAGAUACAUGCCCCGAAAGUCUUGUUAUCAACAACUCCCCGCUCCGACGUUUCCUGACUCUUUUGGGUCUCAAGACCACAUCGCGACUCUUUCGUCGCCGGGGCGCCUGCGUGCCCAUCUCGAAACACUUGAUUGUCAAAUCGGAUAGCUUUGUCGAUUUGACAGAAGCAGCAACCAUGAGAUUUGUCGCCACCAACACUUCCGUCCCGGUACCGAAAGUCUGGUGCUCUUUUGUACGCAACGGCCGGGUAUACAUUGUCAUGGAGAGGAUUCGGGGCGAUUGCAUUUCCACAGGCUGGGACGAGCGAUCUCAAGAGUCAAGGAAUAAGCUUUUGGCUCAGCUGAAGCUCUUGAUUGAAAAUCUUCGCUUGUUGCAGCCGCUUCCUGGCACAGGGGUUGAAAGCUGUACCGGUGGGUCCUUGUUCGACAGCCGUAUAGCUCGCUCGGGUGGUCGCUUUGGCCCUUUCAAGACGAUACAGGAUUUUCACUUGUGGCUGAGGGACAACCUUCAGCCUUCCGAGGUUGAAAAGCCUGAGCAGGCGAGUCAGGAAGAUUGGAACGACCCAGUACUCACGCAUGGUGAUCUGAACCCGUCCAAUAUACUCGUUCGAGGGGACGAGAUCGUUGGUAUUAUUGAUUGGGAGUUUUCUGGCUGGUAUCCGCACUACUGGGAAUAUACAUCUGCAUGGUGCACCCAGACUAUGAGUACGGAGUGGCAGAAUCUCCUUGGCGACUUCUUGGAACCGUAUGUUGAAGAGCUGAGAAUGGAGAGAACCAGACAGAGAUGGUGGGGAGAGGUCUGA